GGCGGAGCAAACACAUCCUUCAUUACCGAGCAGUCCGGAGAGAAGGAGGACAGAGAGGCGAGCCGUGAAGGCGAACAGAUGUGAGCCGGACUACGAGGAGAGCAGCAGCUGUAGUAAAGACGGAGCACCUCUCUCUUCUGCUAAUAUGUGGCAACCCGCGUCGGAGCGAUUGCAGCACUUCCAGACCAUGCUGAAGACCAAGCUGAACGUGCUGACGCUGAGGAAGGAGCCGUUGCCCACGGUGAUCUUUCACGAGCCCGAGGCCAUCGAGCUUUGCUCCACCACACCGCUCACAAAGAGCCGGACCCAUGCUGGAUACAAGGUGGCCUACCUUGGUAAGGUGACCAUCUCUGGGACCCAGUUCCUGUCUGGCUGCACAGAGUCGGCGGUGGUGGGUCUGGUGGAGCGUCGUGCCAUCGCCCAACAGCAGGGCACCAUCCCCGCAGGCAACUCUCUGCUGGAAAUUCGACCCUUCCAGGUGCGUCUUCACCACCUGGACGAGCACGGCGAGGCCUCUGUAACCAUGGACACCUAUCAGGUGGCGCGGAUCGCCUACUGCACAGCCGACCACAACAUUACGCCCAACGUAUUUGCCUGGAUCUACCGGGAGAUCAACGACGACCUGUCCUUCCAGAUGGACUGCCACGCUGUGGAGUGCGAGAGCAAGCUUGAGGCCAAGAAGCUGGCGCACUCCAUGAUGGAGGCUUUCCGCAAGACUUUCCACAGCAUGCGCAGCGAUGGCCGCAUUCACAAGAGCGGCUCGUCGGACGACUUUGCUGAGGACUCAUCCACCCCCGAAGACUCGACCCCGGACGACGGUUGAACUGAAACUCGCCCAGACUCCUUGUCCCCAUCCUAACAAUGCGAGGGGCGACUGGAAGGAUGGAUAGAUAACCUUCUCUCUCUCAUUCUCCCCUACUAUCACUUUCUGUUAUCAAUUAGGAAACAAAAUCAACUGACCCUGGAUAAUGAAGUAGCUUAAAGGGAAGGUAGAUGAAAAAGGAGUUAUAAAAUACAUUUACAUACAGGGAUAGCAAAGUGCUGCCACUUUGAAUAAAUGGCUCUCAAAGACCCACAGGGGCCAUUCAAGCACCUCUGUAAACGCCCUCAAGAGAUUGACACGACAUUUCUGUUUUCAACCACUGUCACUCCUGCGCCCAGCAGAGACACUGUUUGUGGUUCUUAAGCUUUUUUCUCAGUUCGGAAACAACAAACUUUCCUCCCUGUUCUUCUGACCCCAGCUCAUGACAACCUAUUGCUACUCUUGCCAUGUAGGGACCCGGCAGAAAUAGGCCUGUGACCUAUUUAGGGUCCCAACCCAGUUUAUGAGACUGUUGGAGCACAUAAAUUCUUUAAAUGUUUAAUUAUGUGGAUCUCUGUUUCAAUGCCUUCGACCUCGGUAAUAGCAAAUGAGGAUGUGAAAGAAAAGCUAAGCCUUUAAGCACUAUUCAUAUCAUCACUACGGUACCUUAGUCCAAACCCCCAAAUUAUUCGCCGGCAUCGCUGUUGCUCAUGUGGACGACGGAGCCAGAGCCUCUACCGCUGUCUCCGCCUAAUAGGUACCUAAAGAUUCAGAGUAUGGAAGGCACCUGGUAGAAUAUAGGUGCUAUAUAGACGUUACAGUUUAGAAGUUCUCACUGGGCUGAAAGCCUGGGCCUGUCUGCGACACCUUAAUCAUCCGCAUCUGACUUCUGUUUUGAGUAUACCAAAAUUCAGGCCGGAUUUGGCCUGUCAGAUUAUGUGCCUCACUUUCCUCUCACAUUAGUUUGGUCUCUUACCCAGGUCCCAGCGUGUAUGUGUGGCCAUGUGCGUGUGUGCCGACCUUGUUUUUUCUCCGUGUGUGUAGGUGUAAUUGCUUACUUCUGUACUUUGUGUAUAUGAAUGUACACGUGAGUGCUUGCAUCUCUGUGUGUGAACGAGAAAAGAGAAGAAGAUUAAAAGAUGGGGUGUUGUACGAUUAGCUGGAAGUGAAGACUUCUCAUCGCCCCGGAAGCAUCCGUUUUUGAUGCUAAAGGAGGCAUUUAAAAAGAAAAAAAAAAUCAGACAUGGUACUGUGACCAUUUGCCACGUUUUCUUACUUUUAUCUCGUAAUGAAAUGAAAAGUGUGAGAGUCUGAAUGUGCCAGUCACUGAGGUUGUAGGACCCUUAAACGCAGCCGUCCAAGAUAACGACUGACACCUCCUGGCCUCUGCUUGAAUGUAUGAUGAGUCCAACGUGCUGUGAGCACCUCGCACCAUCUCCAGUCACUUCAGUCUCCCAUAACUUCCUCGUGCUAUCACAGACAGCUGUAAGAGACGGUCGGUGACCAGCUUCACUCUGCUCUGCAUCACCUCUCAGAGCGGCUGAGGCCGCGGAGCAGAAACUCAUCAGAGCUCCGCGCCACCUUACUCCUUUUCUAACUGGACUGUAUUGAACAGACUCAACGCUAUCAGUGGAAAUUCAGACAGAACGAUCGGGUGGCUCUGGUCCACACACACACACACAUGCACACACACUCAUACACUCACUCAAAUAUACACACCUACAUACAAUUAUACAUAUGUACACAUACAUUGUAUUUGAAUCUUGCUCAAUAAGCUUAUGUAAAUACAAAUGUAUCACUUUCCAAAUAUUACAGCAUAAAUGUUGAUAGCUAUUUUAAAUAAUAAAAAAAUUGUUGAGAACCAUCAUACAAUACAGAAACAGUGUUAUAAAGCCUACUGUGAAUAAUAAGUGGAGAGCCUGAUAGCGGUGGCUGUGUGAGUGUGUGUGUUUCUGUGUCUGUGUGUGUGUCUGGAAGGGGUUGUAUGUGGCGGGGAAGUGUAGUGACAGGUGUGUAUGGACAGACCAGAGCGGGGGGGCGAGUGUUUAAAAGCUGUAGAUUACUGUGUCAUGUCUGUCUGAAAGCUCAGACGCGCUUUAAAUGUUUGACAAAUGUUACCUUAAGUGUUUUCUAUACAGUGUUUGCAAAGAUCAAGAAACAAUUGCAUAUAAAGUAUUUACCAAGAUCAA